AUGGCGCCUGAAUGUGACUACCUCGAAGCUACAAUUCGAACUGUUGCGGAGAUACACAAACAGAAGAGGCCUGGGGACAUACUAGCGUUUUUGACAGGUGAGGAGGAAGAGAUGGAAGAGGCUUGCCACGGAAUCUCUGCAGAGAUUGGUAAAUUGGGAGACGAGUUUGGUCCUGUGGAAAUCGUGCCUCUGCACUCAACUCUGCCUCCAGCUGCCAUGUCGCUGCAGAAGAUAUUCGAGCCUGCUCCACCAGCUGGGAGGAAGAUCGUGGUCUCAGCAAACACUGGUGAAACAUCUCUCAGUAUAGAUGGGAUUGUUUAUGUGAUUGAUCCCGGUUUCGCAGAACAGAAAUCUUAUGACCCGCGUGUUGGAGUUGAGUCCCUUUCGGUUUCUCCAAUUUCCAUGGACAGGGCUGAUAUGAGAGCCUCUCUAGCUGGCAGGACAGCGCCGGGGAAAUGCUAUAGGCUUUACACCGAGAGGAGCUACAAUCAGGAUCGUCGGGCGCGGACUGAACCCGAGAUACUGAGGUCGAAUUUGGGGAACAUUGUCCUGAUACUGAAGAAGCUGUGCGUUUACGAUCGAGUUCAUUUCAUGAACCCGCCUGCACAAGAGGCGUUGUCGAGGGCUCUGGAGUUGUUGUCGGAUUUGGGAGCGCUGGAUGGUAAGGGGAACCUGACGAGGCUAGGGAACAUUAUGAGUGAGUUCCCUCUCGAUCCUCGGAUGGCGAAGAUGCUGGUCGUUAGUCCGCGCUUCAAUUGCUCGAACGAGAUCCUCUCUAUCUGUGCUAUGCUAUCUGUACGCGACUGCUUUCGAAAAGCUGCUGAUGAAGAAGCAGCCAGAGCGAGGUUCGUUGACACCGACGGUGAUCACCUGACUCUGCUGAACAUCUACAAUGCGUUCAAGCACAACAACAACAACAACGACGAGGAGGAUUCAUCGUGGUUCGACAAGAAUUUCAUCGACUACAACGUGCUCAAAUCUGCGCGCAACGUGAGGCGACAGCUUGCGCGGAUCAUGUCGAGGUGUAAGCUCGAGAUGUGCAGCCCCGAGUUCAACGGACCUCAUUACUAUGACAACAUCACGAAGGUGAUACUGGCAGGGUAUUUUACGCAGGUUGCUCAUCUGGAGUGCACUGGACACUACUUGACUGUCAAUGGCAACCAAUAUGUGCACUUGCAUCCAUCAAGUUCUCUGGGUGGCAAGCCAGAGUGGGGGGUGUACAAUGAAUGUGUGUCGUCGACUGGCAUGAACUUCAUUCGUACACUGAUGUAUGUUCCUCCUCGUUACUAUCUGAAGAACUUGCCCGACAGUUGUGAAGCGAAGCUGUUGGAGUUAUGA